AUGGCAAAUGUUCCAGGGCAACUAGUGUGGGAAAUCAUGAAGAAGAAUAAUUCCUUUUCGGUGAAGGAGUUCGGUAAUGGUACCGCUGGUGUUGUGUUUAGAAAAGAGCGUAACAAUCUUCACUCCUACAAGCACUCUGGCCCAGCAAACAAGCAUACUGUGACUAUCCAGCCAGGAGGCAAAGAUCAAUCUGUGUUGCUUGCUACAACGAAGACCAAGAAACAGAACAAGCCUUCAAGUUUGCUGGAGAAAUCUGCGAUGAAGAUGGAAUUCCGCAGCAUGGCCAAGGCUGUAAGGAAUCAGGUCGCGGACAACUAUUACAGGCAAGAUCUGAAUAAGGCAGCCCUUGCAAGGUUGAGUCUUGUGAACAGGAGUCUCAAGGUCGCCAAGUCUGGCAUCAAGAAGAGGAACAGGCCUAGAGUUGCAUGAAGUGUUACAUUGUGUUUGUAAUGCAUUGUCCUCCUGUCAUUAAGCACCAACGUUUUGGUUUUAAAUUUUAUAUUUUAAUCUUUCUUUUCAAAAAUCUAUUGGGAAGCGUCUUGGCCCGUGCUUUUGGAUUAAAUAGAUUUAAAAAAACUUAUGGCUUUUUACUUGGGCCCAAGCCCAUUAUUUAGCUAGUAUUCCCUUAGUCCCAAUUUAUGUGAAGGUGUUUGACUAGGCACGAAGUUUAAGAAUGAGAGGAAGAUUUUUGAAAUUUGAGGUCUAAAAUAAGCAAUAGAUAUUUGUUUGGCUAUAAAUCAUCUCAUUAAGGGUAAAGUGGAAAGUUUAAAGUCGAAUUGUAACUACAUACAGAAAGGCUUUUUUUUUUUUUUUUGUUUUGUGGGGUUGGGGGGGACUUCAUACAGAAAGGCUUUUUGGGACUGACUAAACAGGAAAGAGUGCCACAUACAUUGGGACAUAGGGAGUAGUAUAAUUAGAAUCCUUAGGGUUUUAGCUCGUUAGUUUAUGAUGGAUUGUUGAUGAAGAACUCCCUUGAGAGAGCCUCCCUUAAAGGAAUUUUCCUGAACCUCUCUAAUUUAUUUAUUUUUUGGGGUAAAGUAAGUAAAUUGUAUUAGAAAGGCAUCAAGAAGAUGCAUGAUUACAAAGUAUAGCUACACGAAGCUAAAAGACUUAAAAGACCUGCAAAACAGUCAAAAGUAUGCCACCAUGAACUCUGCUAAAUGAGAGUCAAGGAGCUAACAAAAUCCAAAAAGUUAUCAACAUGGUAAUUCUUCUAGUAAGUAUUCACGUAUGAGUUCAACUUCUUUUCCUCCUUGAUUCUAUUCUAGUAAUUGAAUGCUAAUUAGUGGGUUCAAAUAUACUUGCUUGGGUUGACUAGAUGCUUCCUUUACUGGAAUUCUCUCCUUUUUUUCUUAUUCUAUUACUAUCUUCUUAUCUAAUUCUACUUUUGAUUUCCUUGUGUUAAUACCGUCGUCACACACCCACACCCAAAUCGUGUCGGAUUGACAUGGGUGCGGUGAAAAUUUUGAAGGGUCUG